GGAUUUCCACAACCGCAUCUAACUUCAUCCAAAUACGUCAAUACGUAAACGUCAAGUGCCAACUUCAUCUCGACCUUUUUCAAAACAUGGCAGACGUUGUCAACUUAAUCGUGGCACAGGCUACAGAAAAUGUAAAAGAAAAUGCGACGAACGCAACAGGAAAACCGCCAAGCACCCCCGAAGGUAUGGCAAUGGCAUAUGGGAGCAUCGUCAUCAUGGCUUUAUUACCCAUAUUUUUCGGCGCCUACCGAUCCGUCAACUACCAUAAGGAAAAUAAGGCCGAAAAAAUGACCAAGAAAGACGCUGCCAUAUUCCCAAUUAUGGCAUCGUGUGCACUCGUAGGACUGUAUGUUGUGUUCAAGCUGUUCUCCAAGGAAUACAUCAACUUACUGUUGACUGGUUAUUUCUUCUUUCUAGGUGUUUUGGCGCUCACACAUUUACUAAGUCCCGUAGUGAGUAAGCUUGUACCUGCUGCAAUUCCAAAUAUUCCCUUCCACAUCACCUUCAAACAGGGAGAAGGCGAAUCAGCUCAAUACUUAAUCAACUAUAGAUUCUCCUCGUAUGAUGUAGUUUCGUUAGCUGCAUGUUCUCUAGUCGGUGCCUGGUACUUAGUCCAGAAACAUUGGAUUGCUAAUAAUUUAUUUGGACUAGCAUUUGCUGUAAAUGCUGUUGAAUUGCUUCACCUCAAUAACGUAAUAACCGGCUGCAUUUUGCUGUGUGGCCUCUUUUUCUAUGACAUCUUUUGGGUAUUUGGGACUGAUGUGAUGGUCACGGUGGCAAAAAGUUUUGAAGCACCAAUCAAACUUGUGUUUCCACAAGAUUUAUUGCAAAAUGGAUUUGCGGCUAAUAACUUUGCCAUGUUAGGUUUAGGAGAUAUAGUGAUUCCAGGCAUUUUCAUUGCCCUGUUGCUCAGAUUUGACCAUAGUCUCAAGCGGCAAACUAAAACCUACUUCCAUGCUGCCUGUUUGGCGUACUUCCUUGGACUGAUGGCUACCAUUUUUGUCAUGCAUGUUUUCAAACAUGCUCAACCUGCUUUACUGUAUCUUGUUCCUGCUUGUGUUGGGACUCCUUUACUCCUAGCUCUUGUGAAAGGUGACCUCACGGCGCUGUUUAAAUAUGAAGACUCCCCAGAAGAAAAAGUCGAAGAAAAAAAGAAAGAUGAAAAAUCUAGUAAACCCGAAACCAAAAAAGUUAAAUAAACGUUAUCAGAGGGUGUCUGCCUGUUAUAAAUGUUUAUUGUCAAAUCCAUUAAGUGAAUGUAUUUAUUGUAAUCCAAUUUUUUAUAUUCCAUCCCUUUAUUGAAUUUUGUUAUGUUAAUUUUUAGAAACUGAAUGUUUUCUAUUAAAAGUAUUACGAAAUUCGCA